AUGGCGUCCCUGACUCUAGUUGUUGAGCCCCGGGGCAAACCCAUCAAGAAGCUCCCCAAGCAGGUUCAGGUCUCCUCCAAUGCCUCAACUGCCGAAAUCUACAACAAGCUCGCGGAAGCCUCGGGCUUCUCCAUCCACCGUCUCCGGAUCACCAAGGGUAGCGAUCGCACUGUAGUUCCCAACUCCAAGGACUCAACUGUCGACGGCGUCGGUCUCAAGGAAAAGAGCGUCUUGCACGUCAAAGAUCUCGGCCCCCAACUUGGAUGGCGCACCGUCUACAUUAUCGAAUACCUCGGACCGCUCUUCAUUCCGGCUCUCUUCCUCUUCCCCCUCCGUCCAUAUGUCUACUUUAACUUCGACAAGCCACUUCCCGACCCAUCGCAGUUCCAGCUCCUGGUCUGCGCCCUCCUGACCAUCCACUUCAUCAAGCGCGAAUACGAAACCGUCUUCGUCCACCGUUUCAGCAAUGCCACCAUGCCCGCGCGCAACAUCGUCAAGAACAGCGGCCACUACUGGGUCCUAGCCGGCCUGAACAUCGCCUACUGGGUCUUCCGCCCUGACUCCCCCGCCGCCACCAUCCAGGACUCUUUCCUUCUUUACAGCGGCCUGGCAUUGUUCAUUUUCGGCGAGCUUGCGAAUUUAAACGCUCACCUUGUGCUACGCGACCUGCGCCGUCCCGGUACCACGGAGAGAGGCAUUCCCUCCGGAUUUGGCUUCAACGUCGUCACCUGCCCCAACUACUUCUUCGAGGUUGUCAGCUGGGUGGGUAUCUACCUGCUGAGCGGAAUGAGCUGGAGUGUCCUGUUCUUCAUUGUCGUCGGUACUGUUCAGAUGGCUCUCUGGGCCAAGAAGAAGGAGCGCCGCUACCGCAAGGAGUUCGGUGACAAGUACAAGCGCAAGCGCUAUGUUAUCCUGCCUGGUCUGUACUAG